UGGGAUACAUUAUUAACCUGGAGCUGUACGAUGUUAAGCUAAGCGACAUAGACGACUGCAACGAGUCAAAUGGAAUUAUCGAAGUUUUCGACAAUUACGCGGACGUAAAUGGAACGUCUUGGAAAUUGUGCUACGAUCCCGAUCGACAAGACGCAAUUAUUCCCGCGGCCCCGAUCUCGAUAACCUCGUUUCUGAACACCAUUCACCUACGACAGAGAAACCGAUUGCUAGGAGCGCCUCUUAACGGUUCACUCAAAGUUCAAUUAGACGAAGGAUACAAGAACAAAUUGCUUAACUACAAGGAAGAACGCGUGGAAGCUUGCGAACCGAAUCCAUGUCUUAAUACUGGAAAAUGUAUUUCCAAAAAAAAGACGUUUUGCCAGUGCCAAGGGCAUUUUACAGGAAUUUUUUGCGCACUAACUCAGUGCGAGUUGGAGCCAUGUGUGUUUGGGACGUGCGAACUGACCAAUACUAGCUACAAAUGUCACUGUAAAACAGGAUACGUGGGACCUACUUGCGAGCAAAAACGAAAACCGUGCGAGGGAAAUCCCUGCGAGAGCCGUGGCGCAUGUAUUGAACGAGGAGACGGAUUCUAUUGUCGCUGCCAUGCCUGGUGGGAAGGAGCACGAUGUGAAAAAAGAAUGAUGCAUAUCCCAUACAAGCCUCUCAGCGAGCGGAUGUUUCACGAACCGUUCUGGCUUGGUCUGAUGACGGUGUUUUUCGUAAUGGGGGUGAUCGGACUCGUUUGGUGUGCUAAGAGGCACUUUCCCGAGAAAAUAGAGAAACUGCUUGCAGAGGACAACGACCGAAACAGGAGCACCAUGUCAUCACUGAGAAGCACUUCAGUUCGUGAGCAGCUGGCAGCCGCUUCAGCAGCUGCGACAGGAGGAUCUACAGUUCCAGUUGCUCCUAGUCCAGGUCCGGGGGCACCCCGCUCGCUAUUUGGCCGCCUGGGUAUCCGCAAGCCAUCCAUCCUCAGCCUGACCAGUCCACACGCCAGCGGUUACGUUCCCGCCACGGCCAGAACCUUUAGUCUCGACGACUUGCUAAAACCUCCCCCGAGACGUUCCCCGUCGCCGAAAAAGAAACGAAAUAACUCGACCCCUUCAAAGAAAAACGUUGCAGAAAAGAAGCAAAUACUGCAACACUUAAUAUCCCCAGGAAACAAACACAGUUCAAGGAAAGUAAGUUUAGGAGAAUUAAUACAAAUGACUGAAAGAGCACCCAAAGGAGGUGAAGAUCUAUUAUUAGAUAAUUCUCCCACAGCCGUAUUAGAAACAAAAUUUUUAGAGUCAGAUCCAGUCCAAUCUGCACUAAAUGACCCUAAACUUGAGAAAAAAGUUACUUUUGCCCGGUUGUUAAAUAAAGUUUCAGCCGAAAUGAGUUCCGGGUCAGACAUUGAGCUCGGUAUUAUGCAAACUAAUAAACUAGGAUGCAUGUUCGCGCGGCCCUCCAGUACUCCACCAUCUCCAACCGUUGAUGUAAGGUCUCCAAAUAGCACUUCCAGCAAUCAAGGUAGUGAUUCGCUCACUAGCUCUGAUUUUGCGAUAUCGGUGUUCAGCUCUAGUAUUUCAGAUCUCCUUAACAACCGGCGUCAUAGUCGACUGCCGAAUGGUCGUCAGAAACCUGCAAGUGCAGAUUCAAUUCUCGCAAUGUUUAAAAAUUUCUCCUCAAGCUCUGCGAGUGCAAAUUUACCUUCUUCUUUACGAGUUUCUCCUUCAACCACACCUACCGCUUCUAGUCCACAAGACGACAUCGCCGGAGAUGAUGAGUCUUCUACCUCAUCGAUUCCAACGCCAGUUUCCUUCUCGAGUGGACCUCCAGAAAGCCCAAUAAUGCACCGCAGCAAUCAAAACAAUAAUUCAAUUGAAGUUCCAGUCCUUGAUACUCUUAGUGCGCACAAGUCCCCUAAUAGCGGAAGCAAUUUCCUGCAUCCACCCACUAUACUAUUAGAAAUACCAAGCACAAUCAAUAAGUGCCUUUCUCCAAUACGAGAGAUGCCCACUCCUUUGCCCUCGCCCAUGCCGUCUCCCGCUUUUACUCCAAUCAUGAGAAGAAGCACGGCAUCUUCUUCCAUAGAAGAUGCGGAUAUUAGUGACGACAGGAUAUCUAUCGAUUUGCCAAACAUAUCUAUAAACUGUAGCGAUCUGGACGAAGACGAGUUAGAUUGCACUGAUAUUGUAAUUGAUCCGCAAGCAGAAGAUGGUCUUAUUCUGGAAGAAGCUGCAGCAAUGCAACAAAAUUCUUUUUACAGGAUAAAGAAUCAACGUCCUCCUCCACUUGGACAAUUGUCCGAUAUAUCUGGGGGAAAUAUAAAAAUAACAGUGCAGCCACCACCAUUGGAAAUACCAAUACUUAUAAUUCAGACACCAUCACCAACACAUACAGUUGCCCCGUCAGCAUUAUUUCCUGGUUCGCCACCUCCCAGAUCUUUUAAAGAAAGUUGUUUCCAAUUUCCCUCUCCCAAACAAACCCGUAAAAUGUAUAAAGAUUUUGAUAAACCUACAUCUUUAGACCUACCCUGCGCACCACCAAUGAUUACUAUUACUUGUAACAUGAGCGAAGCAGAGUCCGAUAUAGAUUCAAUUUCUCCAGCCGUUAAAGCUGCAGGUCAUCUUGGUGUGGGACCAAGUGGAAUGUCUUAUCUUAGUCCAUUUUCCAUGGUUGCAAGGGGAGAUCAUAAUGCAUCUGAAUCAAAUCUAAGCUCAUCUGGAUACAGUUCCAUGGCUAGUCCAGGUCCCUCACGGUGUGGUUCAAGCAAUCCUUUAUGUCCGUCUGAAAUGGAGGAUCCAGGGCCAGGUGGUUCGCAAAGAAGAAUGUCCCUAACCCCAAUUCUAAAACCAAGCAGUACAACUGAAGAUAGUGAAAAUAAAAACAAAACCGAGGAUCAACGUAGAGGUAGGUCGGAUUCCGAAACUUUAUCCGAUGAUCCACUUUUAGAAAGUAAUGAUGAGGGAAUUGGAACAGAUCAUCUUGAUGAAAAAAUCGAAGAUGGUGAAGUCAAAAGCGCUAAGGAACUAGAAGUUUUUAUUGGUAAUGAUAGUGAUAGUUCAAAAACAGUAUGCGAUGUGCCGAUGUUGGCUCCCCCGCGAGCAGCCAAAAGUGUGAGCCUGGAUAUUACGAUAGAUCGUUUGUUGCCACCACCGCCAGGCGGGUGCAACUUUAAAAAUUCUCUGCAGUUGCCUUCUAUAGUUGUCCAAUGCGACUCUCCAGGUGGUGAAAAGAUGUUGAGUCCAAUGAGCUCCCGCAGCGAGAGCCCACUCAGUGAUCGCAUGACAGGAGUAUCUAGAUUCUCGCCGCAAUUCUAUGGACGCAACAAAGACUUGCUGCCUUUUACCGACUCGGACGGUCUCUACGACUUCCCUAGUUCUGAUAAGGUAAAUGUUACAACAGUCUCACAGCAUAAAAAGACAAGUAAAAAACGGGAUAAGAAACUACUUCGUAAUUGUAAAACCCCCAGUCCCACCAAACCCUUUCAAUCAUUACUAUUACAUAAUCAUUUAGACGUUCCUACCAAAGACUCAUAUUAUAAAGUACCGGCGCCUAGGAAAUUAAGUCCUAAAAGACGUGUGGUUCGUUCUCAAGUAGUUAGUUCAUCUUCAAGUUCUGACAGUAUUAAUUCUGCACGGGAAAUAAGACUAUCGUCGUCAAGUCCCAGCCCGGACACUAUCCGAUGGUCUUCACCUGUUAACUGGUUAGAUGAAAAAAGUCAAAAAUCACAUGAAGCCUCCAGCGAAGAAACAUGUGAUGACGCAAAUGCAAUGAUGUUGCCAAAACCGCAUCAAAAUGCAAAACAUCAGAAAAUUAGUAGACUUCGUGCCAUAAGCCAUCAAAUAAGAUUCUUAAGAAGACUGGAAUUAAGUUUAAAGCGACGAGAACGCACGGUAAGUCCUUCGGAUAGCCUGGACAGUGGCGAAGAGUCCCCCAGGGCCACUUCGCCCUUGCUGAGCUCCUCGAGGUCGGGUUCCAAGGUGGAAAUCCGAAAAAGCAGCAGUAUUGGAAAGUUGCAAGUCAACAAUUCAGCUAAAACUCGAAGAAUCAAAUACAAACGCGGUGAAUACCUUCUUCAGCCCGACGAUAAAUCGUGGAAAAAGGUUGUCAUCACUGGGAAUGGCCAUUCGGACUAAAUUGGUUUUGUUUAAAUGUAUGGAAAUGAAAUAGUUAUUUUUAUUUGGAAAAUUUCAUUUUAAUCAUGAAAUUAAGUAAAAACAUAUUUCAAAAUUAAAAGUUAGUUAAGUAAGUUUUAUAGAAAACAAGGAACAACGGUGGUUCUUUAAGAACUCCGUAGCAUGUGCAAGUUUAGGUAAAAAAAGAAUAUAUUUUUUACCUAUAUACUAAAAUAGAAAUUUUAAAUGUAGACAAAUCUUAAAUGCAUCUUAGUAUUUAACUAGAAUUUAUAUAGCUAUUAAAAUUAGAUAGAUACCUGGUAAAUAUGAUUGAAUCUAAAUAAAAAUAAUUAUUACCAUUAAUAUAUUUGAAGUACUGAUAUUUUAAACGAAAUAAACG